UAAUUCCUCUAAAACGGAGCUUGCGCUGCUGGAUUUCCUGCAGAAACAAACGUUAAACAGCCAAAUACAGAUGGAGAACCGGGUCUCUGGACCCGACCUGGUCCUGGAGAACCGGGUCCCUGGACCCGACCUGGUCCUGGAGAACCGGGUCCCUGGAUCCGACCUGGUCCUGGAGAACCGGGUCUCUGGACCCGACCUGGUCCUGGAGAACCGGGUCUCUGGACCCGACCUGGUCCUGGAGAACCGGGUCUCUGGACCCGACCUGGUCCUGGAGAACCGGGUCUCUGGACCCGACCUGGUCCUGGAGAACCGGGUCCCUGUACCCGAACUGGUCCUGGUCUUCUGCGGGAAGCGCAAGUCCGGGAAGGACUUUGUGACGGAUCUGCUCGUGGAUCGUCUGGGAUCGGAAGUUUGCUGCGUCCUGCGUCUGUCUGGACCCCUGAAGCAGCAGUUCGCCCAGGAACAGGGUCUGGACCUGGACCAGCUGCUCGGUCCGGGCCCGUAUAAGGAGCGGUUCCGGUCCGACAUGAUCCUCUGGGGGGAGACCCGGCGGAACCAGGACCCCGGGUUCUUCUGUCGCCUAGCAACCAGAGACGCCCGGCAACCCGUCUGGGUGGUCAGUGAUGCCCGGCGGCUCUCGGACCUUCGCUGGUUCCAGUCCAACUUCCCGGGUCGGACCCGCAGCGUAAGAGUUCAGUGUUCAGACCAGACCAGGACGCAGAGGGGGUGGAGCUUCACCGCAGGUGUGGACGACGCCGAGUCUGAGUGCGGGCUGGACUGUGGAGUGGACUUUGAUUGGAUCAUCACCAACGAGGCGUCGGCCGCCGCGCUGGAGCAGCAGCUGCUUCCCAUCCUGGAGACGGCCCAGGAGGCGGCGUCGGGGCGACGCCCUGAUCAGGGAUCAAUAACCCUCCCCGAGUGAUCAGUAAUCACCCCUGAUCAGAAUCAAUAACCCUACCUGAGUGAUCAAUUACCCUCCCCCGGGGGAUCAGUAAUCACCCCUGAUUGGAGAUCAAUAACCCUCCCUGAUCAGGGAUCAAUAAUUCUUCCCGAAGAAUGAUCAGCUUCUCUGGUGAUCAAUAACUUAAUCAUCAGUUCUAGGGAUCAAUACAUUUCUCCUCAUUGAUCAGUGCAGCUCAGGUCGAAGACAUCAUCACCCGUUCGUGAUCCGGGUUCUAGACCCAGAACUGGACCAGAACCGGACCAGGACCGGACCAGGACCGGACCAGGACCAGACCAGGACCGGACCAGAACCGGACCAGGACCGGACCAGAACCGCAGCAGUUCCCGGUUCAACUUUCCUGAAGAACUCGAAUGUUUCAUGUCAACAUAAAGUUUACUAAACAGAACACAGUUGAGUUGUGGGGCUUUUAUUUUGAAGUAGAGCUGGUCAGUAACUCAUUAACUACCGUGGCAGAGAAGUGCAAAACAACGUUACAAAAUAUGAAACACUUUUACAAAGCUUGAAACAAAUUUACAUUUCAGAAAACAAGUUAACAAGACGCUAAACACUUUUACAAGUGCCGAAACAAAUUUACAAAUACUGAAACACUUUUACAAAUACCGAAACAAAUUUACAAAUACUGAAACAAAUUUACAAGUGCCGAAACAAAUUUACAAGUCCCGAAACAAAUUUACAAACACUGAAACACAUUUACAAAUCCUGAAACACUUUUACAUUUCAACACAAACCGGAAAGGGAAUGUACCUAAACCCGGUCACGUGGUCAAACGUGGGGGAUUGUUUGACCAAUCAUCUCUUUGAAUAUCGAGCAAAACACGGAAGUGAUAAGGUGAGCGACAUCCAUGGUGAGCGGCAAAAUAUUUCUUGGCGGCGAACUUCGAACAAGAUGGACCGAGUGAUGUUUUGCCCGUUUUGUGGACAACGUAUGAGCCGAUUAACGCGGUUUGUUCUUUGUGUGGUCGGUCUCUACAAUUUUUAAGGGACAUGGACACGACUGAAGGACCAGAUAUGCUGCAGCAGUGCAUACAAUAUUUUAAUGAGGGCCACUCGUAUGCUGUAAUCGUGGACAUGAUGUCAAGUUUACACGGUGUACGCAUCAGCUUGAGGUCUCUGAAAAGCAAAAUGAAUGAUGCCGGGUUCUAUCGGAGAAAGGAUUACUCCUCUACAAACGCCAUAAUUAGGGCCAUCCGAUUGGAACUUCGUGGAACUGGACAACUGUUCGGAUACCGCAUGAUGUGGCAGGUACUCAGACAAAAGUACAAUUUACGAGUGAAGAGGGAUCAUGUGAUGAAUUUGCUCCGGGAGCUUAAUCCUCAAGGGUGCGAGAGGAGAGCACACAGAAGGUUUAUAAGAAGAACCUACCACUCUAUGGGACCGAAUUAUAUGUGGCACGCGGACGGUUAUGAUAAACUCAAGCCAUUCGGGUUGGCCAUUUCCGGAUGUAUCGAUGGAUUUUCACGUAAAAUACUGUGGCUUGUAUGUGGACCAACAAAUAAUGACCCAGCAGUGAUCGCUCACUAUUUCCUGUCAUGUGUGCGAAACCUUGGUGUCACCCCUAUGAGACUGAGGACUGAUUGCGGCAUGGAGAACGGGACCAUGGCUGCAUUUCAGUGUACCCUACGUCACCACCACAAUGACUACUACUCUGGAGCGUCCAGCCACAUGUAUGGCUCGUCCACAACCAACCAGCGGAUUGAGUCCUGGUGGUCCAUAUUCAGGAAGGGAAGGUGAGAGGCUUUCUUAAAUUUAACCCUCAUACAUCCUUUUAAAAAUACUCACACUCGUCCUAUUAAGGGACAAAAGUAUCCUCUUCAAAAAUAGUACAUGUAAUAUUUUUUGCAUAAAUAUUUUAAUCAACGUCAGUCCUUCAGGACACUUUUGUCCCUUAAUAGGAUGAGUGUGAGUAUUUUUGCUACACAGUGCAGAAAAGUGGAAUAUAGGAUUUGUCUGAAAUUCCAAAAUAAGUCCAAAAAUACACACCUUUUUGGCUAAAAACAUAUUCACUGCAAAGUUAUCAAGAAAAUAGAACUUGUAAAGGACACUUUUCACUAAUGGUACACAAGGGUUAAUUAUGAGUAACCUUUUCUUCAAACUUGUGUAUAUGCUUAAAAUUUUUAAUCCAUUUCUAUAGGUGUCAGUUCUGGAUGGAGCUAUUUGCAAACUGUGAAGUUAAUCAACGUUUUUGAAUUAAAUUGUCAUUAUGAACGUAACAGAAUUAGGUAAGCUCAGAGAAGUUGACUGCUGCGUUUUUCACAAGUUUACCAUUGUUAACAGAAGUUACAGGACAGGCCAUUCCCUGAUGGUAUUUAGGUAUUUAUGGCUUUGUUAACAGCUGAGCAGUGUCUUUAGACACAUCUGUGCAAAGCCUCACAGAGUUCUUGUUUGUCUAGAAGGGGCUCAUUUAUUGACCCUUCAUGUUGUUUCAAGACUUUAAGCUGACUUAAAGGUUAGCUAGGUUUAGUUGGACCAUCUGAUACCACGAGACCCCCAUGAAGGUUGGCCUGGUGACUUCUGGUUUGUAAAUAACCCAGUGUCUUUAAAAACCAUCUGUUCAAACCUCCUGUUUUAGAGGUCCUGUUUUAGUUGACCUCUUGACCCUUUGUGUUUUAAGGAUGUCUGUUUGUUUCUUCAUACCAAGCCUCUUUAACUGAAAAAUCACAUGUGUGUGACCAUCUGUUUCCUGUUUCUGUCCAUUGUCCAUCCACUGUCUACCAUUGGUUGUCUUAACAUAGCCAACGCCUGUCAGUUUUUCAAUAAAUACCUCCUGCAAAGAAGGACCCAGCAAGCAUUUCGUCGAGAGCCAUAGAGAGAGAGCCGUGUUGCUCGACAGG